AGUUACUUGUUUUAACUCAACUCAAGCUCAGAAACGGUAACUCAAAAGGCCCAUCUUUCCUUCCUCGCUCUUCCCUCCUCUCCGUCGACUCCGAACGGCCGGACUCCCACUGAACUCGUGGCGGCAUUGCACGGUGACUCCUCUAUUCACGGUAAGCAUCUUCUUCUGUCUCAAUACCCAAUUUGCAGCAUAUUUGAAACGCUCAAGAGAUUGACUGCAGUUUUGCUUAGUGGGUUGACUCUUGCACAUCAUAACAAAGUGGAUGGGAUGUUAUGGAGUUUUGUUAGAAAAUACGACUGGUAAAUCGUGAAAGGCAAUAAGAAGAUGGCUCCACCUAGCAAGGCUGACAAGAAAGCAGCUGUUGAUGCAGCUGCAUGGAUGUUCAAUGUUGUCACUUCUGUUGGAAUAAUCAUUGUAAAUAAAGCUUUGAUGGCCACUUACGGCUUCAGUUUUGCUACAACUUUAACUGGUCUGCACUUUGUCACUACAACUCUGAUGACCGCCAUACUCAAGUGGCUGGGAUACAUCCAACCCUCUCAUCUACCUGUCUCAGAACUUCUGAAAUUUGUUCUCUUUGCUAACUUCUCUAUUGUUGGAAUGAACGUUAGUCUAAUGUGGAACUCAGUUGGAUUCUAUCAAAUUGCAAAGUUGAGUAUGAUCCCAGUAUCUUGCCUAUUGGAAGUUGUUUUUGAUAAGAUGCGCUACUCAAGAGACACAAAACUGAGCAUAGGUCUUGUACUAUUGGGUGUUGGUGUAUGCACUGUUACUGAUGUCAGUGUUAACGCAAAAGGAUUCAUUGCUGCUUUUAUAGCAGUGUGGAGCACAUCUCUGCAACAAUAUUAUGUUCACUUUCUUCAACGGAAGUAUUCAUUAAGUUCAUUCAGCCUAUUGGGACACACAGCUCCUGCACAGGCUGGAUCACUACUGUUAUUAGGCCCCUUUCUAGAUUAUUGGUUGACAAACGAAAGAGUUGAUAGAUACAACUAUGACAUAGGCUCUUUGUUGUUCAUAUUUCUGUCAUGUAGCAUUGCAGUUGGGACCAACCUCAGUCAAUUUAUCUGCAUAGGCAGAUUUACUGCUGUUUCUUUUCAAGUACUGGGUCACAUGAAGACAAUACUUGUUUUGGUCUUGGGAUUCAUCUUCUUUGGGAAGGAGGGUCUCAAUCUACAAGUGGUUCUGGGGAUGGUUAUAGCUGUGGCUGGAAUGAUUUGGUAUGGCAAUGCCUCAUCGAAGCCUGGUGGAAAGGAGCGCCGAAGUCACUCCCUCCCUACAAACAAAACAGGAACAUAGUUUGAUAAAAUCCACUGGAUUUGGUGGGUAAUUCGUCAGUUUUCUUUUUAAAAGCUGAGAAUACACGAAGGUCGAUUUUUCUAGGAAAGUACUUUGAUUAUCUGAGACUGAACCAACCAUUGGUUUUAAUUAUUUUAACUUCAUUUUGUAAUUCUUAUAGUUUAAUUUCAUGUUCUAGAUCAAGAGGGGCAAGUGGAUAUAUCCUCAUAGGAUUAGGUUCCUUGCAAAAUGCUCAUUGCUUCAUUAUCAAAAGAAUAUAUUUACAUUGUUUCUUGACCAAUUUUUGUAAUUUAGUCUGUUCUGAUGGUUUUGUCCACUUGGAACUCAUGAAAUAGUUUUGUCAAUUCAUGAAUGAAUUCAAGCAUAUGAAUUUAUCA